UCUUUGUUACAGGUGGAUGCCACCGAUCCCGAUUGCGGCGUAAACUCCAUGGUCAAUUAUACGCUGGCCGGCGGUCGACUGGAGACUGAACAGUUCCUGGUGCGCAGCGACACGGGGGAUAUUUGCAUCCGGUCGUCGCUGGACAGAGAAACAGUGCCCUAUCUGGAACUACCUGUUAUUGCCACCGAUAGAGGGGGAUUAAGUACGGUGGCGAUCGUACGCAUCCAGGUGACGGACGUGAACGACAACCGGCCGAUUUUCAGGCCGCAGCGGUACAAUGUGACCCUGCGCACCGACAGCGCGAUGUACAAUCCGAUCUUGAAGGUGGUGGCGACCGAUCUCGACGCCGGCCUCUUCGGCCAGGUCGCCUAUCGCAUCACCAGCGGCAACGAGGCGUGUCGCGGCCGAAUCUGCUCUCGCGCUCGCCGCUGUAUCAAAUCAACGUGA